AUGAGUGAACCCACUAAGGAGAAUGUUGCUUCAAAACGUAACUUUCGCCGUACUCAAGGGCCCCAAAACAAUACCAAGCCUAGUAACGAUAAGAAGAACCCAAGAAGAAAGCAAAAGAGAAAUAACGUACCUGGUGCACCCAGUCUCGACACCUCCAAUACUGAGGACGAUUCUGAUGAAGAGAAUGAGUUAUGUGUAAUUUGUGCGCGUAAGUUAUUAUAUGUUUCUUUGACACCUUGUCAUCAUAAAACAUGUCAUAUCUGUGCUUUCAGACAACGAGCUUUGUAUGAAAAGAGGAGUUGUUUAAUUUGUAGAACAGAGAAUGAAGAAGUGACGUUCACUGACCAAAUAGAUGAAGAAAUCUCAGAUAUACAAAAUUUUUACGAAAAGAAUGAAAAAUAUGGAAUAAAGUUCGCUAGUGAAGAGGUCGCCACGGCAACAAUGAAUCUUCUAAAGUUUUUUUGUCCGUUGUCAAAGGACGAAGAAGCUGUAGAUUUUGGUAGUUUCAAGAAAUACAAUGAGCAUUUGAAAUCUGAACACAGUAGAAUGAUUUGUUUGAUAUGUGCGACCCACAAGCACGCCUUCCCUGCAGAGCUCGAAAUCUUUGCUCAAAACCAAUUACGUAACCAUCAGUCUAAAGGUAAUUCAGAAGGGUUCAAAGGACAUCCUAUGUGUGCCUUCUGUUCUGGUAAAAGAUUUUACUCAGAUGAUGAAUUAUACGUCCAUAUGAGAAAUCAACAUGAAAAGUGCCAUAUAUGUGAUAGAAUCAACCCCACUUCCCCCCAAUACUUCAAAGAUUAUGACCAGUUAUUCGACCAUUUCAGACAUUCGCAUUACGUCUGUACCGUUCAAUCCUGCCUAGAUAACAAAUUUGUUGUCUUCAAGGACGAGUUGGAAUUACAAGCGCAUAUUUUGCAAGAGCACGGUAAUAUCUUAAAGGGUAAACCAAAGUUUUUCCAGUCAGAGCUUUCCACUUUUAUUUCAGCACCAUCCAGGGUAGUUAGAGAAAGAGAUGAUUACGACCUUCCAUCUAUGUCUUCGCUACCGGGUUCUGCGUCCAGUUCAAGAACUAAUGUGAGAGCUGCAAGCUCUCCUGAAGAAAGUAGAUUAAGAUUGGCCGAGAGGGCCAAGUACUAUUUAGAAAACUCCAAAGAAGAUUUUGACAAGUUUACUUCAUAUAAUGAGAAUUAUGCUAAAGGUUACUUAAGUGCGGAAAAAUUGUUGGAAUCGUAUAAGCUGUUGUUCACGAAACCAAAUGCAGAUGUUUAUUUGUUGGCGCAUAACCUGGCUGAGACAUUCCCUAGAAAUUCCGCCAAAUACAACAAUUUGAAUGCUAUAUAUGAACAACGAGAGCAAGCUCUUGAGCGACAGACCUCCUUGCCAUCCUUAUCGAGUGACCCCUCACUUUCAAUGUCAAUGGCCAGGGGUCAUUGGGGUGGGACUAAUGAUGGUGGUAGCGGAGGGGCACCAUCAGGUGUUAGAAAUAUCAAAAAUCUACCAACUUUGAAAAGCCCUGCAGCAUCGUAUGAUCCAUUUGCAACGACUAUAAAAAAGCAGGCUUCAAAAGGCGUGAAAAGCUCCAAAAGAAGUACUUCUCAACCAAUUAGUUAUCGGGCUACUUCCAAUAACGCAGUUGCUUUUUCUCCAACGUAUUUGGAGAGCAAAAAAAACUCGUCAUCUGCUGCUUCGUUAAAUAAUAGCAAGGACAAGUUGAAGAGUUUAAACUUGCCUCAAUUACCUCCACCAAAGCCAAAAGUACAAAUUCCUGGUUUGAAUAGACCUCAGGCUGCAGAUCCAAAACAGUGGGGUAAAAAGUCGAGCAUAGAGAAUGCCAAUGUCCACGAUGAUUUGAAAGAACUGAAUAUAAGCAGUAACGGAGGAAAUAAGAAGAAAAGCAAGCAAAAACAACUAUUAUUCCACAUUGGUAUAUAA